AUGGAGAAAGGCGGUGGUGCCGUCGACGCGAAGCAAUGGGAACUCAUGACGCUGUACAUGGAGACCUUGCACAAAAAGGGAGACCUGACUGAUCUGACUGCAUGCGCCACAUCCAUCAACGAUGCACUGGAACGUGUCCUCGGCCAAACACCAAACUGGGCAAACAUGUAUUACGUGACGAUAAUGCGAUGCAUGUAUCGUCAAAUGAUCCUGCGUAUGACAUUGAAUGCCCCCCUUCAAAGCGACGGCGACAUUGUCGUGCGAUUCUGUCGCCUCGUGUUGAGAGAAGGCAGUUGCCCUCCAUCAUUGCGCAGUCAAGCCAUGUCAUUGCUAUACGAUGCAUGUGCUUCAUGUGCCUCGAGAGUCAUGCAUGUCCUUGGAGUUGACUCAUUUCAACGGAACGAAUCGACGGCAGAGUUCUCCUGUGCAUGUCGUGGCUUGGAUGAAUUACUUUCGUGCAUGGCGGGGUCGGGAAAGUCGUUUGAGUUUAUUUACACUUCACUGGACAAUGGAACGACCUCAGUGCGGCUCGCCGACGUCGUCAACGAUCUGCUGUCGUCGGGCUUGUCUAAAUCGCGCACGAUGGGUUCAAGCUUGCUGUUUCGCAUCAUUCUGGACUCGACCCAAGCCCAAGCGAGCAAGGUGUUGGGCGUACUCUUCGAUUGCGCCGACGUAGAAGUCGAUGCGCGAGUCCACGCGCAUGUGCUGGGGCUUGUGUGGGAAGUCUUGGACCUUCGGAGAGAUCUCUUGGACGACAACUCGUGGUCAGCUGUGUCGACUUCUUUGCGUCAUCCGAGCCCUCUUGUGACGUCGAUGGCUGCUUACUCUGCCAUGCGGCUGCUUCUUUGUGACGCGAAGCACGACAGCAAGAUUGCCGGUUCGAUGUUAGGCGACCUGGUUACAAUCUAUGUCCACCACAGCUUGUCGUUAACCCAGCCGGUGCUGCAGCUCAUGUUUCAGUUUUUUCACGAUCACUAUGGGGCUACACACUCCCAGUCGUUGAUUGUUUCCCACUAUGUGCUCUAUCGAAACCAACUCGUCCGAGCUAUAUACAUCGAUACUUUUACGACACUUGGGGGUUUCAUCAUUAACAUUAUAUUGUUGGGUUGCUUGUAGGCAUAUACGAAUGGCGCGUCGUUGCCGACACUCGUGGCCGAACAUGAUUUGGAAAACUUGCGCCUGGAUCGACACGAAAGCGCUUUGAAACGGGAAAAUCAACUGCUCAUGCACAUGUUACGAUCGUCCGAGGCCCACGCGAUAGUGGUGCGCAAUUUUCAAAAAAUGAUGCAGCGUAUGUUUGCCAUGUCGUACUCGCUCAGUCGUGUGCGGGGUAUCUUGGGGGCAGACCACAACGUACAAGCGCAGUAAAGCGCUGUAGAACGUCAAGGUAUGGGGGAAAAUAUUACUAUUUUCCAAAUUGAUGACGUUCACAAUUGUGAAAAUAUAUAUUGUUCGUAGUCUGCACAAUCAAUAAUUUUAUUGUGGAUGGGGGAGGAGAUCACACUCAAUUAUUGGGUGCAAUUUAUUGUCGAUUUGAUACAAAUUU